CUGGCCAUACAGCACUGAUCCAACCAGCGGAGAGCAGGGCAGCCCAAUUCCUAGUGCCUGCAGGCAGCAGCAGCCCAGAGCCCCCUGGCCCCAGCCAGCUUGGACAGCCAGCACCUCUCCCAUCACCCAGACAGAAUGACAGCAGUCAGUUAACAAGGUCAGCCUCUCAACCAACUUCUUCAUCCUAACCAGUGGACACUCAUUGCAGGACCUGGCUCUGAAAGGGGACACUUCAAGUUGUGACAAUCUGCUUUUUGGGUUUUUUUUUUUCUUUAAGAAAAGAGACCAGACCUCUGAACUGCUUUGUGCUGAUCUGUGUGACCCCAAGCUCUGAUGGAGAUGCUUCAUGUUCAAAGGGAUAGCCUCUCUCCAGUGGGUUUGAAGGGCUGGGAACCAAAGUUGCCCUUCUUUCUUCAGCUCUCUUCUUAACCAGUAGUUGCUGCCAGUCUUGCUUAAGGAGAAGCAGGAUCUGCUUGGAGAAGGAUCAUGCACCUUGGGCUUUGUUGUGGAAAACCUGGUUACCUGACUUAGUGCACUAUGGAUUACUUACUGACCUUGGGCUGAUGACAUUGAUAUUGGUAGAUUUGGAAAACACAUUCUGAACUUAGCAACUGCUUGACAAUGAAUGGGAGGUCAUGCAGUAUGAGCCACCACACAUCAGGUACUCCCCAUGGACCUGGGAUGAUCAAUGGACAGCAGAUUCCACCGAUCAGAGUUCAAACAGGAACACCCUGUCCAUCUUCGAAUAGCAGCACCCCAAGCCCAGCUAUUGGAAACUUGUCUUCCAGCCUACAUUUAAAGAUGCCCCUGGGAGGAGGGGUCGCUCCUCAGAGCAACAUCACUGAUGGUACCAUCCACCUCCCUGCUUUAAGUCCCAGGAGACAAGUGGUUACAAAUGGGAAGCCUUUAUUCCAAGUCCCACAGACUCCAGGGCUGCCAGCACCACAGUCUUUAAAGCCAAAGCAGCAGGAAUACGGAAACAACUUCUCCACAAGCACGGUUAAAGGAAGCCUUGGCUAUGGGCCUCGGUGCAAGUCCAUUGGAAAAGGCAGCUGCAACAAUUUAGUAGUCACCAGCAGCCCUAUGACAGUUCAACGACUGGGACCUAUAUCGCCUCCUACAAACCAGGUCCCAACAGGCUGCAACCACAUCAGUCCUAGCUUACAGAGGGCAAUGAAUGCUUCCAGCUUGAAUAUACCUCCUUCUGAUACAAGGUCUCUCAUGUCACGUGAGUCUUUAGCCUCCACAACUUUAAGCCUGUCAGAAAGUCAGUCAACUCCAAGUGUGAAACAAGAAUGGUCUCAUGGGUACAGGAUUCUUCCUUCUCUUCCUUCCAACCAAGGCUCCCAAAAUGGCAGUGAGUUAGGGGACAUACUGAGUUUGCCACCUGGAACAUCUAUGUCGAGCAACAGUGUAUCAAACUCAUUGCCAUCUUACUUGUUUGGUAUGGAAAAUAACCAUUCCCCUUACCCUAGUCCUCGCCAUUCCUCAACAAGGUCUCAUUCAGCUCGCUCCAAAAAAAGAGCCCUCUCUCUGUCCCCUCUAUCUGAUGGCAUUGGGAUUGACUUCAACACAAUCAUCCGUACAUCCCCAACCUCUCUGGUUGCCUACAUAAAUGGUUCAAGGACAUCACCAGCAAACAUCUCCCCUCAGCCUGAGGUCUAUGGGCAUUUUUUGGGAGUAAGAGGAAGCUGUAUCCCCCAGUCUUGCUCUAUUCCAAACACUCAAAAAGGUCUUUUCAUGGCUAAUGGCAAUGUCAACCUCCCAGCUUACAGUGAAAAUGGAACUGUGGAAUACCAGCGGAUGCAGCAAUUGGAGCAAAGUAGCUUGCAAGCAGCCAUCAUGAACAACAUGGUGGUUCAACAAGGGAUGCCUCUGGUAGACAAUCAGCCAAUGAACAUACUAAAAAGUGAACGUGUGGAUGAUUUUUCAGGCAGCGCAAUUAAUUUGCCUCCUCCUCCACCUUUGCCACAACCUCCUCCUCCCCCACAAGGUCCACCACCCCCUUACCAUGCACAUCAGCACCAUAAUCAACAAGACCUCUUAAGUCAUUCUCAUCAACUUUCUUUGCCUCCUUCUGGCCAGGGCCCUCUAUUAGACGAGGAUGGUGAACUAGAUGAUUUUAAUGGUAAACACUGCUGCCGUUGGAUAGAUUGCAGUGCUCUUUAUGAGCAGCAAGAGGAACUUGUGCGGCACAUAGAAAAGAUUCAUAUAGACCAGAGAAAGGGAGAGGACUUCACGUGUUUCUGGGCAGGAUGUCCUCGAAGAUACAAGCCAUUUAAUGCCCGUUACAAACUGCUGAUUCACAUGCGAGUUCACUCAGGAGAGAAGCCAAACAAAUGCACGUUUGAGGGCUGCAAGAAGGCCUUUUCCAGAUUAGAAAAUCUCAAGAUUCAUUUAAGGAGCCACACUGGAGAGAAACCCUACCUUUGUCAGCAUCCUGGCUGUCAGAAAGCAUUCAGUAACUCCAGCGAUCGAGCAAAGCAUCAGAGAACACACCUGGACACUAAACCGUAUGCGUGUCAGAUUCCAGGAUGUACCAAGCGAUACACAGAUCCAAGUUCCCUGAGAAAGCAUGUAAAGGCACAUUCUUCCAAAGACCAACAGGCCAGGAAAAAGUUGCGAUCAAGCUCAGAGCUUGACCAGGACAUCCUCAGCGAUUGCCUCACUAUCCAGCCUCUCCAGCCAGCCCCUUCACCCCAUGAUGCUCCAGACAAUACCAUGGGGCGAUCACCAGGGCCAGUUCAUGACAUCUAUCCAGCGACAAUGUUCUCCAGCACGCACUCAAGUCGGAGUGGAACAGCGGCUGGGGCUGUGCCUCUGACGCAUCCUGUGAGUCACCCCUCUCCUGGGCAUAAUGUACAGGGUAGUCCCCACAACCCACCAUCUCAGUUACCUCCUCUCUCAGCUGUGGACUCAGGCACUGAGAGAUUUGUAGCUCCUGCUCCUUCUCCCCACCACAUCAGCCCCAGGAGAAUUUCAGUUCCCCCACCCAUGAUGCAGAGGCGGACGCCACAGCCUCCCCAUCUCCAGCAGACUGCAGGGACGCAUCUCAAGACAUACCAGACAGCAACAAACCCAUCUUUUCAACCAAACAGCAUCCACAUCCAAGGUUUUUAUGGGCAACUUCAGACUUUCUGCCCCCCACAUUACACUGAGACUCAGAGGAACAUGCAACAUGGUGUCUCUUGUAAUACAAUCCCUACUUUUGAUGACUGCCUAGUUCCCUCCUCAAUGGGCCAAGCGGGGCUCGAUGUUUUCCACAGAGCCUUUUCAGCUCAUUCUGGUAUUACAGUUUAUGAUCUUCCAUCAGCACCCACAGGUAUCUUUGGUGAUUCGUUCCGCAGUGGAUCUGAGGACACCAGUUUCCUUCAAAUAAAUGCAGUGGAUCGUUGUCCUAGUCAGCUUUCCUCUGUCUAUACUGAAAGCUAAAAAUAGUCUAAGGCACAUCAUAAUACUCUUGCAUAUCUUCUUUCCUGUCUGAUGUUCAGGACGAGUGUUAUAUUAUUGUUCAUAUAUAAGACUGCUACAUGUAUGCACAUGUAUCUGUGCAUAUUCAUUCCUACUGGACAGCAGAAAAUGCCGUUGCCAGUCAGUCAGCCUCACAGAAGUAACUGGUUGAAGGGGAACAUGGUUUUAAAAAGAGAGAGAGAGAGAACUUUGCCAAAACUUUAGCAAUAAUUUCUUUUCUUUUGUUCUGCUGCAUGGCAGCACUGCUGUUUUCUUAAAGGGAAAUCAAAGACUGACUAUAAGAGAACUGCUGCUGCUGUAAUCCUUUCAAGCAGCACUGGUGGCAUCAUUUAAAAAUGUGGUUUUGGAAAAUCCUUUUUUAAAGACUAAAACCAGAGAACACUACAAACAUUUUAAAGGCACAUUUUUUGCACAAGCUAUUUGUAUGUGGUGCUUCCAAACCUAAACACACACAAAAAUACAAAAAAGGGAGAACAAUUUAAGACGCAUCAUGGAAUCACCCGUUGGAUGCAUUGUUGCGGUUUCUUUGUGAAGCAAAAGACCACAGAUAAUGGAUUUCCUGCAACCCUUGGUUUGGUCUUUUCUUCCCAUUCCUCUGGCUUUUCAGUCUUUCAGAGUGGCUAUUACUAUUUUUUUCACUGAUUCUUCUGUUUUAAUAUUUUAUACAAUGAAUAAGAAGAGUGUAACUGCACUACCUUAAAUGGUACAAGGACUUCCUUUGUAUCUUAGCACUGCUGAGGGGAAUUUAAUAAAUAAUAAUCUUUCUGUAUAAUUUUUAACCACACUGUUGAAUUUAAUAGACAAUUAUAUCCCUGUUCUAGACCCUGUAGGAAGGUUAAAUAUAACCUGUAGCAAACAAGCAUUUCCCAUUAAAUUUUGUAGGGUUUUAUAAUAAGUUUGUAUAGAAGCCUUUCAAAUCUGUAUUGAUCCUCUUUGGCUUUAUCCCUAUACCAUUCUACAGGGUUUUUCCAUUAGGGACUCCUCCAGUUAAGGGUUUGUUGGUGUUUAGAGGUCCACAACUUGGCUGUUAUUUUUUUUCUUUUAAACUCCAUGCUGAAACUUUGACCUGCAGAGUUUCAGCCUAAGCUAUGACCAAAUCAGUUCAGCCACCCUUAAAGCCACAUGUGCCUAGGGAAAAAUGAAGUUUUGUGUAGAUAUAUGAGUUUUGUCAUCAUUGUGCUCCCAUGUAAUUCAGAAGCAUCUUUGCUGAUUACUUAUUUAAAACUGUAUUUUUUAGUUUUUCAUCCAUGUUGUGUACAAAAACUUUUGGAAUUUCUUAAUGCAUGUUAAUGUUUGUUAAUAUUGUGAUGGCUUUAGAUUAUGGCCUGAGACAAUAUGAAGAACUAAGAUCCAAAGAAAUUAUUGUAGUCCAGCAAGUUUGCAUGCUGCAAGUUGUCAGAGCUUAUUCACACGCUAGGCCAUAGGAAUUUCAAAUGAAUCCUUAGUCUACACAACUGGAUUUCAGAAGUCACUUAAAAAGCUACUUGACAUGAGAUGUCUUUGUGAUCUAUCAAGUAAAAUGUGGGCCAAAUUAAUCUUGGAUUUUGCAGUACUGACUUUGCUGUAGUUGUACCAGGGAUGAAUUUGGGAUAAGGGGUUUCUCAAUACUGACAAAACACAUCUGAAUACACACACUCAAACAAGAAAGUUUAAUCUAUUUUAUAAAUGCAAAGUAUACAUUUAGAACACUUAAUUUCAUAGCAGUAUGGAUCAGCUUAAUUCCAGAAAUUCCGUUUUAAAUCCAUCCAUUGUCAUCCCGCUUUUUCAAUACUAGUGAUGAACUUGGCCCUCUGUCUUUACUUGUGUUAUUUUGCCUAAAUCAGUGAUUCUUAAUCAGGGUGUCCCAAGAUCCUUCUAAAGGUGUUGUGGGGUGGUGCACAAUAUUGGCAUUGUUAGGUAUACAAACACCUACACAUGAUUCAUAAGAUAAACUCAGACAUUUCAAAUAGGAAUCCAUAGUGUCCAAAACAUUUGGACCUAUUAUAAUCUUUCAAUAGAAGAAUUGUUGUUUAAUUUUCUUGUAGUCAAAAAACAAGUAAAAGCUAAAAUAUGGCACUUUCUGAGGUGUGCCUUGAAUCUAGCAAGGGGUGCCUUGAGUCUUAAGGGGUUGAUAACCACUGGCUUAGCUCUUAUGAUGUACUGUUUGCAAUGGCAAAGAAUAGUACAGAUUCACCUGAAGCUUUUCUACCAAGCUGCAAUGCAAGGCAGUUGAUGACACAAACAUAUAUAUCAUUUACAUUUGGCCCAAAGAGUUAACCUUGAGUUAACCUCCAAAGACCUUGUUAGAGAUUUAAUUGUAUCCUAUAUUAAAGCUUCAUCCUAUGGCCAUGGAACAAACAUAACUCACUUGGUCUUUUGCGUAAGGCAGAGGUCAGCAAUCCCCAGCACAUGUGGCAGAGCAUGGUAGGCAGGGCCAUUUUCCUCAGCGUGCCACAGCCAACCCGGACUCUGGGCAGCUUCUGCCAGCAGCCGUCCAGAGCCCUGGCCAACUGCAGCUGGGUGGCUGCAAACAGCUGCAUGGGGUUUCACAGCCCUGGCACCAGUUCCAUGACUACGGCAGCUGUGUGCGCACCUCUGAGCACAUAGCCAGGAAGGGGCCUGGGGCAGCACAACCCUGGCUCCUCCCCCACUAUCCACCCAGAAGUACGGGUACAGCUGCUGCCACCAUGGAGCCAGUGCUGGGGCUCCAGAGCCCGGCAUAGCUUUUUGUAGCCUGCCAGCCACCUAGUACAACUGCUCAGAGCCUGGGCUAGCUAUUGAAGGCAGCUGGGAGGCUGCAAACAGCUGUGCUGGGCUCUGAAGCCCCUGCACCAGCUUCUUGGCAGCAGCGGGUGUACGCGCAGCUCACAGCACAUGGAGGGAAAGGAGCUGGGGCAGCAUAACCUCAGCCCCUCCACUGCCAUCAACCUGGAGGCAGGCGUGCAGCCACCGCCAGUCAUAAGAAUCGGGCCCCUUGUGGCUACCCCAUCUCUGGCAUGCCAAGUUGACAUCAGUACAGGGAGAAAAAGCUCCUUGGGUAUGUAUGUUGUCAAAUUAGCUAAGUUUACCUUCUAACCAAGACCCCACCAAAGUGUGUUGGUCACUUAGGCUAGGUACAGAUAUUCAAAAAGCCUGAGGCAAAAUCUAUCUAAGUUGCGUGGUUUUUUGUAAGCAACAUAGUUUAGAUUGGUAGCGAACAGAACACACAUUCACCAUUUGGU